CCCACGCCCGCCCAAACCUUCAAUUUUCCCUCACCAACCCACCGACCGGCCCUUGAGCGACCGCGUUUCGUCUCAAUCGCUCUCUUUGGCGACGGCGGACUUGUUUUCUCUGGCCAUGGUGCCAUGUCAUUCUUUUUAACUCCAUCUAUGAUACACAACCACCAGUCAUUCUUUUUUAAACCGAGAUUCACCAACUCCACAUUUAUUUGACGAUCUCGGGAUUUGAGACCCGCGACGAUCCAUUCCAUUCACUUCAGUCGCAGCCAUGCGCUGCGCACUUCGCUUUUUCUCGGGCUUGCUCGCCGCCACCACCACAGCACACGCGGCCGGCCGGACGGUUUGGGCAACUCCCCAUGAGAGUUACUCGUCUUCUGUCGGCGUGUUAGGUUGCAAGGUCGACACCAACCGCAUCGCAUACUGGCCGGCCUCGGUAGGCUGCACCAACAUCUGUGUGUCGCUAAGCCACGAAGGGAGGACGGUCCAUCUUUUGCGCAUCGAUCAGUCCCAGGGCGCCUAUGACGUGAGCUACGAUGCCUGGAACUACCUCGUCACCGGAUACUCGGCGACUGAGAGGCCUACGACCGGCGGCGCCAUCGCCAUGCAGUACGAGGACGCCGACCCGUCCGCAUGCGCCGAUCUAAUUCACACCGACGGCAACAAACUACCGCUGAGCGCAUCCAACAGCAUGAAUUACCUUGCCGACUGCCUGUCUCGGGACACGUGGGUUGGCAAGAACCAUGUUCUUUACAACAUCCUUGAUCCCAUCUGCUCGUGGGGCAACGACGAGGUUUGCGAGCUCGACUGGCCGACAGCCAACCAAGCGGCAUGCCCUACUCAGCUGGGCACGCCGUCCGUCCUGAGCGACGCGCCGGUCUACAACAUCCAGUACGUGACCGGGAACAAGGUCCUGGCAUCCAACGGGCAGGUUGUCGCCAGCGGCGGAGCAAGCAUCAGCCCACCGUCGGAUCUGGGCCAAAAGUCGGCUGGGUGGAUUGCGAGAGGUAACGCGGUGCCGGUGGUGGCUAUGAGUAUGUUUGCCUAUUGGAUUCUCGGCGGGAUAUAACCUCGACACACACGUGGUGUCGGGCUUUAUUUUGGGAUGGUGCUGUUGAUUUUGGAUACCCCUUUUGCGCAUGAAUAUACGCUUAUGAUGAUGGACCUGAUGUCUACCCGCAAACC